AUGAGUGAUAGUAACGUACUUAUGAUUCUCGAAGGAUUCUAUGUGUGGAGAAUAAUUUCAAUGUCCACUUAUAAUGACACUACGAUCCAAAUUGUCCAAAAUAAUUUAGGUGAUUAUUUCAUUAAAGUCGAAAUCAGACAUGAAAUCAGGAGGCAUGAAACCAACAGUGUUCCUUUCUCUGUCCCGAACGAGAAUGACGUAAUAAACCUUCAAAGAGGUUCAACUGUACCGCCGAAUUGUUUUCUUAUAUUUAGAAGACAAGUACAAUCUGCAAUCAGAACUAUGGAUAUGCGAAUUGCACGUGGUACUUUAUCAAGGUUGCUGGGAAAUAUAUGGAGAGAUUUGAGUUCAAGCGACCCAAAUUUGUUAAACUCUUUUAGAACCGUCGCCAAUAAUGUAGCGAGAAUUUAUAAUGAAAUGCUUCGGAUUAGAAUUUUCAACGGCCCUCGUAUUUGA